UCUGUUUUGCAUUACCUCGUUACCAUUUAAGUCUUUUGUAUUGUUAUUCACUAUAAGAACAUAUGUCCGAUCUUCAAAAUUCUGACGAAAAUAGUCAACACGUCGACUCUAGCGAAGUUGUUAGUUCUAGCAGUGAUCAUUUGUUUCUUGAUAAUAAAGUAUUAGAAAAGCAUUCAGAGCCUUUGGAUCCUUCUCUUUAUGAGGAAGGAUCUCAGGAGCAAGGAUCUAAUUUUAUAUCGGAUUCUUAUGAUAAUUAUACUUAUGAGGAUGACUACAACUAUUCCUUUAAUGAUAAAGUUAAAGAUGAAGAUGCCAUUAAAUUGUUUAUUGGACAAAUCCCAAAAGCUUUUACUGAAAGUGAGUUAAGAGCUCUUUUUGAGGAGUUUGGAGAAAUUUUUGAGUGCACCAUUUUAAAGGGACGCGAAGGGCCUAAAGGUUGCGCUUUUUUGACGUUUUGUAAACGCGUUUCUGCAGAAAAGGCGAUUGAAGAGCUUCACGAUAAAAAAAGGCUUCCUGGCAUGAUGAACCAUCUUCAGGUAAAAGUUGCUGAUUCGGAGCUAAAGAAUUUGACCACCAAACUUUUCGUGGGGAUGCUUUCAAGGGAAGCUGAUGAACGAACUUUGAGAGAUCUUUUUUCUGGAUAUGGGGAAAUUGAAGAAUGCGCUGUAUUAAAAGGCCCGAUGAAUCAAAGCCGUCGAUGCGGAUUCGUGAAGUUUGCCACUAGAGAGCAGGCGCAGGCCGCUAUUGAUUCGUUGCACGGAAUUUAUAAAAUGGAAAAUUGUGCGACUCCCAUUGUGGUCAAGUUUGCUGAAACAGAAAAGGAAAAACAGAUCAAACGCAACCAAAUGCUACGUGGGAGCGGGCCCCCUCCGCCUCGGAUGAACGCUCCUUUGUAUAGAAAUAGGCUCCCUCCCGACCACGAUUAUCGCGGCCACAAUCAUUACCACCACCAUCAUACUUACUACGAGGGCAACAGCGGUCCCUUGUAUAAGCGAACCAGAGCUUUUUUACCCCCUGAAUCCCACAUCCGCCCACAAUUUGGUGAUCGGGGAAACAUGGACGGCCCCCCCUUACCUUCUGCCCACGGCCGGCUUCCUUAUAGGAAUAAGGUCGCUGGUAUAGCAGCGCCCAUGCACCCCUUGCAGCCGUCUCCGGCGUUGACCAACCCGGUUACUCCGCAGGGAUUCUCUGGUUCUCCAGCAGCAGUACAUCCGCCAGGGGCUUCAGCUGGUGGGCCACAUGGCCAAGCGUAUGUACAGCAGCCGACUCAAUCUAGUCAAUCAUCCGGGUACUACGGAGCGCCGUACAACCAGCCGUCCGUUGCCCAGCAGUACGGCGGGUGUGGCCAGCCUAGCCAGUGGGGAUUAUGGCAGCAGAGUCAACCUCACCAGCAAACGGGGUUUUCGGGGCCCUCUUCUGCGGCUCAGCAUGCAGAUUAUACUCAGUACAACGUGGCGGGCCCGAGUUAUGAUCAGUACGGUCAACCAGUAACAGGGGCCGCUAUGGGUUACUACAACCAAUACAUGCAGCCGAGAGCGCCCACGCGAGGGGCAACAGGGCCGGAAGGAGCCAAUCUUUUUAUUUACCAUCUUCCACCUUCUAUUGGUGAUACUGAGCUGCGCUCUUUGUUCGCCCCUUUUGGAAAUGUUAUUUCGGCUAAAGUUUACAUUGAUCCGGCAACCAAUCAAAGCAAAUGUUUUGGAUUUGUGAGUUACGACAAUGCUGAGGCUGCAUCUCACGCCAUUGCUGCUAUGAAUGGCUAUCAAACUAUGAACAAAAGGCUUAAAGUUCAGUUAAAAAAGUCAGAUAAAAAGGGCGUUAAGCCAUAUUAAAAGAAAGGAGCGUCGUGUUUCGGCUCAGAGCAUCCAAUUGGAGACAAAAGCAAAGGAAACGGCUUUGCACUAGAAAGACCAUCUUUAUAAUUCCAUCGUUAGGCUCUUCCUAUUGCAUUUUCGUAGCGAGGAUAACUUUACUAUUCUCCGCUGUUCUCUUAUCUUAUUUUGGCGAGGCUUAAGAGAUUUUAGGUUAAAGU